GUCGCUCGCCGUCAGUACCAAUUCAACUACCCACUUGUUCGGACUGUGCUUGCCGUUAGUGUGCGCGUGUACAUUUUCUGUAUAUUCUUAUUUGGAUAGAGAAAUGUUAUUCAAUUCCUUGCUCAAUUCAAGGAUAUCAACGACGAAAUUGAACAACUUGCAUCUUCAACUAUUUCCUGAACGGGCGGAGUACAACUAAAACAAUCUGUUUGGUUUCGAUGCGAGUAUUUGCUUCGGAGGUGAAAUAAUUUGAAGGGAUUCGAACUGACUGUGAUGAACGGUUGUUAGUGAAGAAUUUGAGGCAACUUUCUGUGAAUGGGGCGGCAGCCCUAGAAAAGGCAGGACUGGAGGAACAGAAACGGUGUCUUGUUAAAUUUGAUAUACAUACUGAACAAUAAAGCACCGCCAAUUAAACGCGCCUCCAUUGGUGUUAUGCUUGCACUAUUUUGUGUGGAAAUUGACAGCUACGUGAACCCGAGGUCUGCACACAUCGAGACCAUUUUAGUGCUGCGAAGGAGUAUGCGAACGUGUGUGUUUACGAAAAAAAACUCUACUCAAGUUCGUGUGUAACGUGGAACGAAGGAACGACGAAGACGACUGUUAUUGGCAUUGUGUUGUGUACGCGCUGUGGACUGUCGGAAAACGGAGACAACCCAGUGCAAGGAGGUGUCGUGGAGGCAACACAAACAAAAAGUUGUAAAAAUUUCUCUGAAUUAAUAACAGACGCACGGGACCGAGAGGACAGUGUGUGGAAAGGAGCUUGAAACGCGAGGGAAGAAUAAUAUUUGUCGGUGUGUCUUUUUUUUUGUCGGUGCCCGCCUGUACGGAUAAGGGGUCAAAAUAUUUCACUUCUUUCCUGAGCGCGGAGAUCUUUUCGGAUUGCCUGUCUAUACCUCUCGGGGAAGAGGAUCGGAACGAAAAAUUCUUCAUAGACUUCAUAGAUAGCUAUCCACCCGCGCGCUUUCGUCCCACAGGUAUCGCGCCCCUCUUCAUCACUCUGGUACACCGAUAGCGGUCGGAGAAGCACGCGGAGAAUCGUAGUAAAUAGUUUAAAGAAUUCAAAACAUACGUCGAAAUUUUCGGUGUGUUGUUGAAUUUUGUGCGGGGUUUUCUACAUUCUACGCAUCAAAAGCAGCACGCUAAGGAAUGAAACGAAAUAAAUAAUCUUUCGAAUAACUUACCUGCCUAUUGAAAGAAACGAAAAAGAACGGGAAAAUAGGCGAAAGCACAGAGGGAGAGAAAGAGAGAAAAAAUAGUUGCGUCGGCCUGCGUGCGUAGCUCGAGGCGAAAAAUGGUGUGUUUUGAUGAAAUAAAUGUGUCGGUGAAAAAUGGAGGAAAUGUGGGGAAAAUUGAGUGAAUCUUGGCAUUGAAGAGAUCACACUUUUUUGGCCGGAAAAAAGUAUGAAGCCAACAUUAAUGAUGAUCACCCGUUAGUGGCUGGCGCAUAAAAGAGCAGUAGUUUCGGGUAAUUGUGUUGAUUUGUGCGCGUUCGAAAAAUUCCGAGCAGAAGCGAGAAAAAAAAACAACGCAAAAAAGUAUCCAUUGGCUGGCUGAUAAGUCGUCGGCCCAACGCAGCAGACACAAAAGACGAUCAUGGCCGGGAACAUCGUCAAAUGGUGGAAGCAUAAAAUUCUCGGCGGAUAUAAGCAGUUUACAGUUCUCCAGGAAUGCGCGACCGAUUCGGAGGAACUGAUCUACCCUGUCCGAGCGUCAUCCGCCUGCAGUGCCCCACCAGAUUUGUUACUGACCAGCGAUCGGGAGCAGAUGAUGAAGGUAAAAAGUUCCAAACAGCAGCAGCAAUCACAGCAGACGCAAUCGUCACAUCAGCAAUCAACGCAGCAGCAAAACGGUGGCCACCACCAUCACAAAGGAACUCCGGCCACGGUGACGUCUCACCAGCAGCAGCAUUCCAAGGAAACCGCUUUUCGGAAAGGUUCCGGAAAAGCGGCGACCGUUCGAAGCGAUCCCGACAGGGUACGACUGGAGGAAUUCACCUGCGACGUCUCGCUCGAAGGAGGCAAGAAACCUCAGCCUCUACAGUUUUCCUUCACGUUGUACGACCUCGACGGUCACGGAAAAAUCACCAAAGAUGACAUCGCUGGCAUCGUGUCCACGAUCUACGAGUCUAUAGGCAAAUCGGUAGUCGUUCCUCAUUACGGCAGUAAGACUAUCAACGUAAGGCUUACCGUUUCCCCGGAUGGGAAGAACAAACCUAACGGGGCUGCAGCGAAGAAGGUUUCCAUGACGCCACGACGACGCUAUCGGCCUCGAAAGCUCAUCUCCGACGACGAUGGCAGCGAUACUUCGGAAAAUUGCCCACGCGUUAUGCGCGGCCGUGCAAAUACGGUGGCAGCGAACCCUAGUAACAAUAACAACAACAUCAAACAGAAGGAGACUAACGUGACCAAGGGAGAAGAUGCUAUCGACGGUACGGCCAACGGAUUAAUCAAGAGCUCAGAAAUGGCGGAAGCUACAUUUCACAAUAACCUCGGUGGGAAAGGAAAGAAUUCAAAUGUGAAAAAUGAUAACAUCUACGAAAGUAUUAAUAACCUGAAGUGCUGCAAUAUCCAAACGGCGCAAGCGGCUAAGGCGCUGAAUCAAACUACUCCAACGGUGAUGCUGAACAACUCGACCGCCUCGACGGUCAUCUGUCGGGAUUGUUCUCUGGAGGGAUGCCCGAUCGAUGAGACGCUACCGUUGGGGACGGUAGUCAUUCCAGCCGCACCAGCCGCGAUCAGUAGUCGUGCCAAGCGGAAGGUUGUACGUAAGUCCCGAUCCUCGCGAAAAACUUCCAAGCUGGCGGAGGACUUUGGCCGCCCACGAGCUCGCAGUCUGUCGGUGGGCAAUGAAAACUGCUACGAGAACAUCAUCGACACACCGCAAGAGGAAUGCUGGAAGAGUUCUCUUUGUCGGCGGGAGCUGAUCGAAAUCAUCCGGGAUAGCAUGGUGAAGAAUAGUCUAUGUUUUCAACCAAAUAGAAAAGCUCUGGAUAAUUCACCGAAGCAUCGUCACCGGUCACACACGGUCUCGGCACGCGUCGGAGGAGGUGGCGAACAGUGCGGGGAAGCGGUCAUCGCAACCCAGCAGGCCCUGAUGGCGGCCCAUGAGACAAACUUGUGCGGUUAUGAUUCCUAUCUGCAUCAAACUAUUUGCGCAGCUGCCACUGCAAAUCACGCUGCACUGCACCUGAACGGUACCGUAGUGGGGAAUGGAGGCGUCUUCACGGCACUUCCCGUUUUGACAAGCACUCCGAAUCGCCUGCUGCAGCACCACAGUCAUCAUGCGAAGGCGAAAAGGAAGGAACAUCGCUUAGCGAUCGCUACGCGUAACCAUUCGCAACUGGCGGCAGGUCAGCCAGUCAAAUUGAGCACGGCAGUUCUCAACCAACAGUAUCCUAAUCUGUCGGCGGAGCAGAAAUUGACUCGUUCGAUCAACCAGGUCGAAAAAUGGCUGGAUCAUCGUAGUCCGAAGCUGACUAACAAAGUAAAACUGGCGGAAGAGCUGGCGGAACGGAACCUUCGCGUCUCUGGGCUGAAGUUGAAGAGAUCCAAAAGCAAGGAGGAAAUCGCUCACAAACCCUCCAAACUAGACAACGCCCUCACGACAGACUUACUGCUGGAAAAUCUCAAAAUAACCGAAGACAUUGCAGAGCUGAGUGUGGUAACGCCGAAGAAAGCGUUCAACAAAGAAUGCCUCAUCAGUUCUGCCACCAAGAAAAACAUCCGAACUCAUCACACGACCAAAACCAUUACCACAACGGCCAUGGGUUCAACCGCUAGCGACAAGUCGUCGAAAGAUCUGAUCCAGCUGCAGUACGCUUCCAUUCCGGUGAACGCUCACCCGAGCGAAUGUGAGACCCUGAUUCGCAUUUCCGAUGCGGAAGAAGAGCAUUCGCAAACCCGUGUACAUCAGCAGCAGCAAUCCUCGGCGAGUACACCAACCCACCAUCAUACGCAUCAUGGAGGAGCAAUUAACGGUGAGCAUUCCGGAUCAUCGGCAUCGGCUGCUUCGACGACGGCAGUCCAUCGCUACGUUCAUGAGCACAUCCAUCACCACUAUCACCACUUUGAGAACGAUCCCGAUGAGUCCUGAAAUUUGUUAGGGAUGGAUGACGGGGGCAUCAUGCCGGCGUCCUCCAGGAAUCGAUGUCUAGAGCUGGAGUUGUUAGAUUGAUAAGCUGGGGUUGGGGUUAUUUCUUUUUGGUGGUAACCUUGCUGGUUUGGAAAGUAUUUGUUGUGGUGCUUUCGAAACUCCUAUAUUGAUGCGUCUUCAACGUACCAGUGCUGCCAUUUGAUGAUAGAAUUUUUUUGUAUGAAUUAUACAAUUAUACUAACUAAAGUUUGGCUAUUAUUCACAUUUUGAAUAAACAAAAUAGUUUAGUUUUUACGAUCAGAAAACUCAGCGAAAGACAGCGAAUCUUUCCAAGUCAUCGCCAUCCCACCAAAAUGUUGAAAAAAAAAAACACUAAAAGCCAUUCUGUCACACUGACUAGUAUAAACUCUGAAACUGUAUUUAUUGUAUGUAUAUUUAGAAAUUCGAGCUUGAGGUGUGUAGGUGUGCCGUAUGAAUUUGUUCGUGAGAUGGAAUUGGUGAAAAAAUCUAGAUUUAGAAACUACGAAACGUAUGUACUUACAAACGGCCAAAUGUCGAACCACGUUUCCUCUACGUUGACAACACUAAUUGAGAAUCUCCAGAAGCAAUGCUAAUUUCCGCAAAGCCUUUUCGUCUUAACACACGCAUGAAACGCAAAAACUGCCACAAAACCAGCGCCUAUGUACCACUUUUGCAAACAAAAUUAAACCUGCAACAGAAAAUAGUAUAAGCAUAAUGUAACGAAAAAAAAACAUUAAUCUCAAAUGCAAAAUGGUAAUAUUGUAUCCUAUGCUAAACAAAAAAACCUUGCUGCAAACUUGUCCCAUUUCACAGAAACUGCGCAUAUAAAUGUACAAAAAACAAUAUUUAACUGUUCGCUUUCAACAAUCAGAAUCUUCAUUCUUAUUUAUUUUUAAAACUAUUAGCUAUUCGGCCCAUAAUUGUCGGCUUACAUCUCUCACUACCUUUUCCCUUUUUAUUUUUUUUUUUGUCCAAAACCAGAAAAAUCAAAGCAAAAAUUCACCCACCUGAUAGAAGCUUUCCUACGAAAGCUAGUAGUUCGUUAAAACAUAGUGCUGUACAUAAUUGAAUACCCCCGGUUAAAAAGCUAUAAACGUUGUGUAGGAACUGUUAGAUUAUAAAAGAAAUGAAAAAACAAAACCCACAUUGCAGAUAUGUUAAGCAGAAACGGGAAAAAGGGAAGAAAAUAUUAACAGAAACUUACAAGACUGAUUUCAUGUUAUUCUUAUUAUUGUAAUUUAUACCGUUACUGCUCAGUAGAUUUCUUCACCAAUAUCAAAUUUUAAUUCUACCUUUUCAAAAAAUGCAACAACGAAUUUUAAGACCGUCUUCUUUUUUAUGCGCGAUUUUUUUGUGAAAAUUAAACUAAAUUCUAAAUUCUUUAUAUUCGCGUUUUUUUUUGUAUUCAUUGGGCGCAAACAAAAAUUUCCUUAAAUUUUACGAAAAGAAGUUAUCUAAAAUUCGCAUUCGAUUAGAGGAUAAACCUUAGCUUAAGCUUUCAGCGGCCAUGAAAUUUCUACUAUAAACGUAGGUUAGCUAUAUCUAAUGUUUAAAAAGAGGAGCAUUCAAAUUAACGAAUGAAAUUUCAUUUGGUCUACGAUAUAACUGUUUUGAUUAAACAAACAAAAGAAGAAUUGCUUGCGAAAGAUAUUUGGCUUAGCGAAAUACAGUAAGGGCGAAAUUUAAACUACCGUUCAGCAUGAUUGUAUUCAAAAUUAGGAUUUAUUUUAGUAUUUCGGCAAAAUAACAAAAUUAGCUUAGACAGUAUGGGUAAGCAUCAGCGAAGACCGACUUUCUUUCUUUACCGGAUUUUUUCUUCUUGUGUGGGGAUAUGUUUCGAAUUUUACUGAAUGAGUUUAAUAUACUAUCGUGGUCAAUAGUAUUAGGGUGCCUGAUUUAGUAAGUAUCCUACAAGUGGUUAAGACUAAUUUAUUCAUUACAAGCAUGUAAAAUUUUCCAAUUCAUCUAUUCCCGCGGGAAAUGACGUCAAAGUAAAAUAUACGCGAAUGUUUGAAGUUUGAAAGGUAA